CGCUCUCCGCUCCAGCCGUCUCCUUCGUGUUCGGACCCCCGCUAUCCUCCCCACCCGGAUCCCGCUCUGCACUCGACAUGCCUGCUUGGGGCCCCGCCCUCGCCCUCGCCCUCGCCCUCGCCCUGACUGCCCUAAGCCUCAUCUGCCUCCUGACCCGAUGGCUGGGGCGAUUCACUGACAGUACCAGAAAGAAGCCAGGGCACAGGAAAGAGGAGGAAGCGAAGGAAGAGGUGGUGGAGGAAGCGAAGGAAGAGGUGGUGGAGGAAGAGGAGGACGAGGAGGACGAGGAGGAAGAGAAUGAAGAGGAGGAAAACCCAGCCUUUUGGGACGGCUUCAGUAAGGGCCAGGAGCUGGUGCCCGGGGGCUGCCGCCUCAUCUUUAAGCGUUCUGCCCUGGCACACUGUCUCCUGCGCACCUUCCGCAGGUCGGUGGCCCUGAGCGAGCCUGCCCACAGCUCGUGGUUCUCAGGGCCCCAUGUACAGACCUUAUACCAUUUCAUGCUCCCGGCAGGCCAGGGGCUCCAGCUGACCCGGGAGAACCUACAGCUGGCAGACAAUGGGCUGGUGGCCCUGGACUGGGUGGUGGGGCCUUGGGCCCCCAGCCCUCAGGUAGUGACUAACGCCUACAGCUCCCCGCCGGUCCUGCUGGUCAUCCCCAAUUCCUGGGGUCGCCUCACCCGCAACGUGGUGCAGCUCUGCCUCUUGGCCCUGGAGAAGGGUUACUACCCAGUUAUCUUCCACCGAAGGGGCCAUCAGGGCAGUCCUCUGCUCAAUACUCAACUUCAAACAUUCGGGGACCCCUCAGAUCUCAAGGAGGCGGUCACCUACAUUCGCUUCAGACAGCCAGCUGCGCCACUGUUCCUGGUCAGCGAGGGCUCGGGGUCGGCCUUGCUACUGUCCUACCUGGGCGAUUGUGGCUCCUCCAGCUAUGCCACAGGGGCAGCCUGUAUUUCGCCCGUGCUCCGCUGCCGGGAGUGGUUUGAGGAUGGGCUGCCCUGGCUCUACGAAAGGGCCUUCCUGCUGUACCAGAAAAUCACUCUUAGCAGAUAUGCUACAGCCCUAGAUGACAUAGUGGACACAGACAAACUCUUUAUGAGCCGCUCCCUGCGUGAAUUUGAGGAGGCCCUUUUCUGCCAGACCAAGAACCUCCCCAUCAGCUGGGAUGCCUACUGGGAUGACAAUGAUCCCCUCCGGGAUGUGGAUGAAGCUGCAGUCCCUGUGCUCUGCAUUUGCAGUGCUGAUGACCCUGUUCGGGGCCCUCCAGGUCAAACCUUGCCCACCAAACUCUUCCAGAACAACCCCUACUUCUUUCUUCUGCUCAGCCGCCAUGGGGGCCAUUGUGGCUUCGUCCGGGAAGAUUCUUCCCCAGCCUGGAGCCAUGAGGCUACCCUGGAGUAUUUCCAGGCUCUGACUGAAUUCUUCCGAUCAGAAGAAAGGGUGAAGGGGCUGUCCCGCCACCGCUCCUCACUCUUGGCAGGCCGCCGUCGACGAUUUACCCUGCAAAAGCGAGAGGUAGCGCCAAUCUCCCCUCGACUUGAGGAGAUGUUUAGCUGGAAGCGGUCAUAUACAAAGUGACGCCCCCACAUUGUUCCUGUCCCUGAUUCUAAUGCCUCAUGGAAAAAGGAAGCUGGCUGCUUCCAUUCAUCAGCUCAGGUCUCAAAUGGAAGAAUUAUGCCAGCAUGGCAUGGAAUGGAACUAUUGGAGUAGGCAGCCACCAUCCCUCUGUUUAGCGACCUUGUCUGCUAAUGGAGAUGGAACUUACAGAAAAUCUGUAGGGGCUUGUUCCUACAUCCUCAAAGAGGCAGCAGUCCCUGCUUGGGUCAUUCCAAUUCAUCCUGCUCUACACAACAUGUCUAUCCUGGCCGCCAUCUUUUCCCAUCAUGGUGGAUUUCAAAAGCCAAAGAUGGGCAUGCAUUUAUCAGAUGGGAAAGUCAUAGGUAAAGUUUCCAGGCACCAGCAAAAACAGCUGUUUUCUUAGAAGUAGCAGUAAGGAUACACAUAGAUGUCAUGUCCUACGUGUGGUGUCCUGUAACUGAUUUUGAGGCCAGGACUCAGCCCUUUAGCCACUUGGUAGAGAGAACUACAGAGCCUUAAAUGCAAACAUCCUGUGUUUAUUGAGUCCCACCCCAUUCCCUCUGGCUGGAAAGCGCUGUUCUAAAAACAGUAGCUGCAGGCUGGGGUACAGGAUGAGCCCCUCAUUCCUAUCAGUAUCAGAGAAAGCCAGUCUCCCCUCAAAUGGAAAUAGAGUCUAUGAGCAGUCAUGAAUUCUGGCCUGUAGACCAUCUCCUCUAAACCUUGAACCUGAUGAAGAGUGAGAGGACAGAUGAAUCACAGACAAGAAUCUUUUCUUUAAGUCUGCACUUGGCUCCAAUUUCAGACUUUUUCUUGCCAUUCCCUUCCUGGAAAAUUGUCCAUGAAGAGGCUGACAAGAAGGAGAGCAGAGGGUAGGGAAUGUGGGUGCCUGUCUCAGUAGCAUAAAAAUCCACAGUUGAGCUGGGGAGGAGGCAUCAGAAAGGCUUGUCUAGUACCAUUAACCAAAAGCUCAAGGACCCAGGCCUGCUCUGAGCAGAUCCCUGGCAUGGUGCCAGGGCUAAGGAAUUCCCAGGAUCAAAGACAGCUGGGACUUUUUUAACUGAGUCAGCUUCUCAGAGAUACUGAUAUGUUUUCAAGUACCUUUUCCUGUAUCAGGGUGUAAUUGCUCUACUCCAAGAAAGCUGGACCAGAGGCUCCCAUUUCUGUCUUUUGGGCUAAAUUUUAAGGAUCAUGUGGUUUUCUGUAAGGAAGGAAUGUCUUUUCUCUCCAGAGUUUUCUCAACUACUAGCCUGUUUCCAGACAUGGACACUAGAGACUUUCCUCCAUUCCAGGGUCAGGAGAAAGGGAGAAGUAUCACAUGUACUGUGAAUGGACAGGCUAGAAACCUGGAGGGGGUUGCAGCCCCUGUCCACUGUCUUAUUAAUACUCAUUUUUUUUCCCUGCCCAGUUAUUUGAAAGUCCAUUCACACCGAAUCUAGGACUGCUUGGAGGGGUAUCACCCCUUUCUCUGAUUUCUAAUCACUCAUCACUGAAGGGAUGGUUAGUUCUGUGGGGAGGCAGAAUGAGAUGAGUCCUAGACCGCAGAUGUGAGGACAUCUUUGUUCAUGACGAGGAACAUAGCCCACAAGGUAUAUCAAAGUGCGUCCUACUCCAUGUUUGACUAAGACACACGGUCUCAUGACUCAUGACUUUAUUUGAACCUGCCCAUGUACUCACACCGGGCUAGAGAGUAUUUGUUCAGAUGUGACAAAGCCACAUCCUGGUCUAAUAAGCAACAAAAGAGUUUUAAAAAGAGAAACAAAUUUGCCAAAAGUCACGCAUGGCACAUGGCCUAGCAUCUGAUAUUUCUAGUGGCAGAAUUUCAGAUCUGCAGAUCAGAGUAUUGCUGCUAUUUGGAGGCUAGGUCUAAGCUGUCUAGGCCUAAGAAACACCUCCUGGGUACGGAUGUAGACAAGGCUCAAUUGUUCAAGAAGAAUCUUGUUUGGGGAUUAUGUGGGCCCUUCCUCCUCUUCCUCCUCCCCCUCCUCCCUCUGCUUUGUCAUCUCCUAACCUUCAGCCAGUGCCAAUAAAGGCUGAACUAUAAAUCAAGCUAUUCUGGGACACAAAUGUCGCUUUGACAAAAGGCUGGGUGAGAAGGUAGGUGCUCAUGCCCAUGUAUUAACCCAGCACAGUUCUGUGCCCAGGGCAGGUGCUCAAAUACUUCAGUGAAUGAAUGAAUCAGCAUUUCCCUUUUGGAGACUUUUUUUUUCUCCUUGGCAACCAGUAAUUCAGAGCUGGGUGCAAAGUCAGAAAUAACCUGAUGGCUUUAAGCAGCAAGAAAAGCUCAUGCCGAUUUUGUGCCCCAUCUCCAAAGGCUGUAGCUGUAGUAACUCAGGUCUUCUAAUUGUUGGGUUUUUUGGAAGAGGAGAAUGAGGAAGAGAAGGAGAUAGAGG